AUGGCUCAAAUCAUCACCGCGCUUUCGGGAUUUAAGUUACAGACGAUAAUCAGCGAGUGUAAGGCUUUUAAGGCCGUCGGGUACAUGGAGGGUCUUCGCCAAGAGCGCAUCGACGGAUCGAAUGCUUCUUCAUCGAUGCCUAUUCUCAAUAUGCUUGAAGAGCUGAGAGAUUUCAAAGCCACGAUUCCCAGCGACAAGAUAUACGGUAUCCUCGGUCUUACACGAUAUAUCGAUGACCAUAUCGUGGACUAUGCUCAAUCUCCCGAAAAAAUCUUUACGGAUUUCGCUGUGAAGCAUCUGAGUUCGGGCUCGUUGGACAUUCUUACCCACUGCGUUGAUUCGUCGAAACAAACGACCUUGGUACUGCCAUCCUGGGUCCCUGACUGGACCCGCCCUGGCUGGACCGAGCCGUUCCGGAUCCGCGGGUUGAAGGCCUCGGCUUCCGGCGACACCAGGCCCAGCAUUUUCGUCAACGAGCGCGCCGGAGUCUUGCGUAUCAAAGGAAGGGUUGUUGACGUGGUGAACGAGGUGGAGAUGAAAAGGCAAAUUCCGGUCCUGAACCAACGUGGUCCAUUGGAUAGUGGCAUCGGAGAUCCGAACUUUCCUGAGAUGUCGCGAUAUGGGGGGCCUAUCUUCCGCAGUGAGAAUGAAGAGAACACAAUAGGCGACGGUGAUGAUGAUGUUCCCACAGAAGCAGAGAGGCCGAUCAACGACGCGGAGUACAGGUUCAAGAAAACGAUGGAAACAAUGGGUGAACAUGCAGAGAAGUGGUACCGCAAUCUCGCCGACGUCGCGUUUCCCGACAAGAAGGCCACGCCACAAUCAUGGGAGAAUUUGUGGCGAACACUAAUGUGCAACCGCACGCGCGACAACGAACGUCCUGGCAACGAGUGUGCGACUGGGAUGGACAUUUACUACAAGAGCAUCCUUGAAUUCGGAAGAGGCGUCGCUCGGAUUCUUAAGGAACGGAGCGAUCAUCAAAUUGAGUCACACAGACUCUCUCCAGAGGAAGGUGUGACUCACUACAUGAAGGAGAGACUCAUCACGGAAACGUUUGUUGGGGCUCACACGAAGUGGACUUACAACCGCCGAUUCUUCAGAUCCAAGAAUGGACGCUUUGGGUGGGCUGUUGAAGGACCAAACCCGGCGACAUUGUGGUCGUGCUGUAUGGGUGCGACUACCCGUUCAUCCUGCGAUACACUACGCAUAACAUGA